AUGAAAAUUAGAUUAGCAGGAGUUAGACCAAACGAGAUUACCUGUGUAGGUAUUCUUUCAGCUUGUACCAAUGCUGGGAUGAUUGAUAGGGCAUUGGCUUAUUUUGAGAUGAUGAAAAAGGGAUACAGAAUCAAGCCAGUGAUUGACCAUCAUUCGUCUCUGGUUGAUAUGUUCAUUGGGUUAGGCCUAUUAGAUGUAGCUUUUGAUUUUAUCAAGAAGAUGAAUUUUGAGAUCAAUAUGUUUAGGAGCAACCCUCAUUGCAGGUUGUUGGAAUUGUGGAAUUUAAGAGAUAGGGUGGUAUGCCGAUGA